CCCUCUCUAUAUACCCUUUUACGUCACCCAAUUUCACCAAACAUUCACUUCUCUCCUCAAUUAUGGACAGACUCAUAACCUUGGAGCCGUCGAACAUGGCGGUCAUCAGAAUCGAACCGGCUCAAAAAUGCUCCGGCGAGCUAACCUUACGCAACGUCAUGUACACUAUGCCGGUCGCUUUCCGUCUUCAGCCAGUUAACAAAACUCGAUACUCUGUUCGUCCUCAAUCGGGAAUAAUCGCGCCGUUAGCAACUCUAACAGUUGAAAUCACUUACAAUCUUUCCCCAAACGCGGCGCUACCGGACUCCUACCCGCGGUGCGACGACGUUUUCCAGCUCCAUAGCGUCGUCGCACCCGGCGCCGCUUUCAAAGACCCAUCUUUAGACUCUGUUCCUAUGGAUUGGUUCACUACUAGGAAGAAACAAGUUUUUAUUGAUAGCUGUAUUCGGGUCGGGUUUGUUGGGUCGGUUGUUUUGUCACGAUUGGUCGCGGACGGGUCAAUGGAAGGCGUUAGGGAAGCUCUUGAGAUGAGUGACCCGAGUUGGUUCCCGUCCGACUCAGUUGACUCGGACGGGAACACUCUCCUUCACCUAGCUAUUUCUCAAAGCCGACCCGAUUUGGUUCAGUUGAUUCUCGAAUUCGGGUCGAACCCGAAUUCCCGUAGUCGGGCGGGUUUGAGUCCGCUCGAGGCCGCGGCGACAUUCGGCGAGGGAUUGAUCGCGGAACUAUUGUUGGCUAAAAAAGCUAGCACAGAACCGUCGGGAUCGUCCGGGUGGGGCCCAAUCCAUUUAGCGGCUGCCGCAGGACAUACUGAUGUCCUGCGACUCCUUCUCGUUAAAGGAGCCGUUGUCGACGCAGUCACGAACGAAUAUUCCACCGCCCUCCACCUGGCAGUGUCAGGGCGGCGGCGUGACUGUGUAAGACUACUUCUCGCGAACGGAGCGAGAACUGAUAUACGUAACUCCGGAGACGGCGACACCGCUUUACAUAUAGCGGCUGUCUCCGGAGACGAGCACAUCGUGAAGAUGCUUCUUCACAAAUUCGCGAACAAGGACGUGAGGAAUAGGAAAGGGAAGACGGCGUACGAUGUGGCGGCGGAGAACGGACACAACAAAUUAUUCGAUUGUUUACGUUUAGGAGACAAUUUAUGUACGACUGCACGUAAAGGAGACGUGAGAGCAAUUCACAAGCUAUUAGAAAACGGGGCUUCGAUUAAUGGAAAAGAUCAGAACGGAUGGACGGCUCUUCAUAGAGCGGCGUUUAAGGGUAGGAUUGAGGCGGCUCGUGUGUUGAUUGAGAAAGGAAUUGAGUUAAAUGCGCGCGAUGAGGAAGGGUAUACGGCUCUUCAUUGCGCGACGGAAGCAGGGCAAGUGGAGUUAGUUGAAUUGUUGAUUAAAAAAGGGGCUGAUAUUGAUGCGGCGACUAAGGCAGGCACGACCGCUCUACAAAUCGCAGAGUCUUUACAUUACAAGGGAAUCUCGAGAUUGCUUUUGAAUGGCGAUGCGGUUAAUAAAGGGUAUUCUGGGAAAUUGAAAGGAGAUAGAGAGAUUAAUGUGGGGAAGAUGAUGAUACGCCGGAGUAAGGGGAAUCGCAGAAGAAGCUUUGAUCGCUCUUCAGCGGCUGCGUUGGAGGUUUUUCAGUGA